AUGUCCGCUCGAAACACCCCCAUCGAGUCGGGAAAACCUGCACAAUCGAUUCCAUUCAGCGGUGGCCAUUUUGUAAAGAAGGAGCACAUUGUCGAUGGGAGUGUACCAAUCCAAACGAACAAAUUUUACGCCAAUUUCUUUCUUGGAGGCCAAGGAAACCCUGUAUGGACACACCCAUAUCAUCUCGUCUGGGCGAAGGGGGAUGGUGAGAGUGGCUCCAAUGGCAUGGCUAUCAGCCACACAGAACGAAGUCAAUUCGCGUAUGGCCCACCUAACUCCGGCCCCAUUCCGCAAUAUUUCAUCUCCCCGAUCGGAAUCAAUCACAUGGUACUCUCCGCAGAAGAACUGCGUAACGACACUGUUCUGUCAGUCGAAGAGCUGAAAGCGUUCUCCGUCUACGCAAACUUUGCACCGUCUGCCGACUCUCCAGUCGUAAUGACUCUACCUGUCGUACAAGGCAUGGGUAUGAUCACGGCCAUAUACAACAAAGCAAGACCUAUGAUUCGAAGUGGUGUUUUCUUUCGCUCCUUUGACUAUGUCAACACUGUCAACCCCGGAACAUUUAAAUGGCGUGUCAUACUCAAUGAUAAUUCCCAGUGGCUCUUUUACGUUACGCCGCUCAGUUCUCAGGGCAUACCACCAUUCAAAUUGGAAGAUAGCUCGACCAUUUCAGGCCCUUCUGACUUCAAGGGGAUGAUACAAGUUGCCAAGAACCCGGCUGGAGCUUCAGGGGAAGAUGCUUUUGAUGCAGCGGCCGGAGCUUAUGCUGCAAGUGCAACCAUCACUGGCACGGUAGAUGGGACUAGCGGCAGUUACACACUCAAAUGGAGUAAGGGUGGCGUUCAGAGUAAAACCUUGCUCAUAACCAAAACGGAGGUGCAGGCGGGACAUGAAAAUGUCGAUUUGGGUACGGCAGCACUUGCACUCGUCAACAGUGUCAGCCACGCAGAGCUGAGUCAAGACUUCAUCGCGCAAACCAAGCUGAACAGCAUGUACUACUCUGGCAAGGGUCUCGCCAAAUUUGCUGCUGUUUGCUAUACUGUGAGCAACAUAGCUGGCAAUCGCAACCUCGCAGCAUCUGGAUUACUCAAACUCAAAGAUGCGUUCAAUGUCUUCGUUAACAACACUCAGCCUGAGCCUCUUGUCUAUGACACUGUCUGGAAGGGCGUUGUUUCAAAUGCUACCUAUAGGCCGCCUUACAACGCAGGGCUCGACUUUGGCAACACACUGUACAAUGACCACCACUUUCACUACGGGUACUUCCUCUACACUGCAGCGGUCAUUGGCUACCUUGACCCAGACUGGCUGGAUGAGGGCAGCAAUAAAGCCUGGGUCAACACGCUCGCUAGAGACUACGCCAACCCUGUUACAGAUGAGUACUUUCCUUUCCAGCGCUCUUUCGACUGGUUCCAUGGACACUCCUGGGCCAAAGGUCUUUUUGAAUCUUCCGACGGCAAGGACCAAGAAUCUACUUCCGAGGACACUUUUGCGACAUACGCACUCAAAAUGUGGGGUAGAAUCAUUCGCGACUCCAACAUGGAGGCGAGGGGUAACUUGCAGCUCGCAGUACAAGCACGCAGUCUCCGCAACUACUUCCUAAUGACUUCAGACAACCAGAACCAACCCCCGUCGUUUCUGCCCAAUAAGGUCACUGGCAUUCUUUUCGAGAACAAGGUCGAUCACACGACGUAUUUUGGAUCCAAUGUAGAGUACAUUGAGGGCAUACACAUGAUUCCUCUCAAUCCAACUUCUGCAUAUACUCGUGGGGCGAAAUUUGUGAAGGAAGAAUGGGAUACAUACUUCAGCAGCGGCCGAGUCGAUCAAAUUCAGGGCGGCUGGAAAGCCAUCCUUUAUGCAAACUAUGCACUCAUCAAUCCGCAAGCAGCAUACGAUUUCUUCGCAGACCCAAACUUCAAUACACAACUGGAUGGCGGUGCCAGUCGAACCUGGUACCUUGCAUACACGGCAGCACUACUUGGUGUGCAAAAUGGCAACGUUCAAGCGGAUCUACGUUACAACAACCCUGGGUCGAGCGCGUCAAAGAGUGCAGAUGUUCCCAAGAAGAUCAAUUCUGCCUUGACACCAUCACCGGUCAAGACUUCCACCGUCAACGCACCCACCUCUACACCUUCACCAGCAAUGACUCCCAUUGUCAAUGCAGUCAUACCGCCGGACAACCGACCAUGGCCCCAUGGCUUCAAUUGGCCGAAGAAGCCCAAUGCAGCGAAGACGACAUCCACGUCUAAGCCAGCAAAGGCAACAAAGCUCGGUGCUGCCAGUACGGCUACCUCUGAGUGCUACCACUGUAGCCACACUUUCGACAGCACGGGUCACGCGCUUGCCUGCAUCAGUUGGAGCAUUGAAGCCUAA